AUGGGGAAUUGCCAAUGUCAAUCAGCUGAAAUCCAAAAGACCGAAGAAAUGCAGCCUCUCGAAUUCAAAUAAGAGAACUGUAAUAGUUUCGAGGAUCAACAAUUACAGUUUUGCCAGGCUCAACAAAUAUUAUAAUAAGAGACCAUUAAGUCCAAUAAUGAAACCUCUGAUGACACUCAUCGACCUAAUCCAUAAUUAGUGUGGCAAACACAAACGUAGUUCACCACUUAUAAUCUCAUAGUUCAGGUAAUCUUGUCUAAAAGUAAAAUCUAAGAAAAUUAUGGAUGAAUUGGGCCCCUUCGAAUUAAAUGACCAGGAAGGCUAUUUCUAUGGAGUCUAUGAAUAAAAAGAUGGUUCACUCUAUAGAGGCUGUUGGCAUCAAGGCCAAAAAUUUGGAUAUGGUACUUCAACACAAUUCCUAUCACUUUAGGAUGCUUAAUCUAUCAAGACGGCUCCAUCUUUUAAGGCCAAUGGAGAAAGGAUAAGGCAAAUGGCAAAGGACGAAUGAUCUACACUGACGGUGACUGGUACGAAGGUGAUUGGGUUGAUGAUUUAAGUUAUAUUACUGUUAUUUUUUAGAACAUGGCAAUGGAAAAUAUGUACAUUGUGAUGGAACCGUCUAUCAAGGAGAAUGGUAAAAUGAUUGCCAGAAUGGGCAAGGAUAAGAAUAAUUUAUUGACGGAUCCACAUAUAAGGGACAGUUUAAAAAUGGCAAGAAGAACGGAUUUGGCCAUUAUGUUUGGAUUGAUGGAUAAAGUUAUGAAGGCCAGUUUGAAUCCAACUACUUUUAUGGUUUUGGGUAUUAAAUUCAGUAUUAUGAAUCAGAAAAUAUGUGUGGACUGAUGGCAGAUAAUAUGAAGGUUAAUGGUUAAAUGGAAGUAUGAAUGGAAAUGGCAUCAUGAAAUGGCCGGAUGGCAGAAAGUAUGAAGGAUAAUAUUUUAAUGACAAAAAGCAUGGCUAAGGAGUCAUAGAAUGGCGUAAUUUGUGUAUAUUUAAUGUAAGGUAGCUGAUGGUAGGAAAUAUUCAGGAUAAUGGGAAUUGGGAAAACAACAUGGAAUUGGAGAAUAUUUUAAUGGAUAAAUUAAAAAAAAAGGUUAAUGGAACUAUGGUAAGCGACUCAAAUGGUUGGAUUGA